GGAAAAUGAAACUGCCACAUUGACCUGGGUCGGACGUAUAGUAACGUGCUUUAUGAGCGUACAAGGUGGAAAGGUGCCGUUGGACAAUCGCACCGGCCUGCUUCAGUAGGUGUGCAGGAGACGCAAAGUUUUUGCGGGGAGAAGGUUAUCCCGACGCUUUCGGCCGUUUGUGCAACGAUGAUACAGGGGAUUUGUGGUGGGUGGAUGGACGUUUAUCCGCCGACUGGGUAGAAAUACACCGCUGGCUCCGACCUGUUGCACCGUCGAAUCCUAUAUCCUAGCCCCACGAUUUCCCGCCCGAAAUUCCUACGGCAGUAACAUCUCAUCACGUCCAGCCAAAUGUCCACGGGACUCGGGCAUUGCUCCUUGGAGCCAGCAUAUCUUAUCGAGAUGUACGUCACAGCGGCCAAUCCUGUUGGCGAACUCGACAGCGGCUCGACAUUUGUGCACUAUGAGUUUUCAGUGGGCUCGAUGAGCACAGUCGAGGGGUACACAGGCCCCCAUAUUGAUGGACAGGUCGUCAACGCCGGCGACUGGCUCUACAUCGAUCCUUCUCAAGAGCAUGCCAGUGUAAAUGUCAAGGGUGUAGUAAGGACACUAAACGGCGCUUCGCUCUACUUCAGCUGGAACGGCCACGCCUACUUGGACGAUGACACCAUGGCCAGCUUUCCACGGGCCGUCGAAUCUGAAAGAGCACCAUUUGGUCGCUUGACUACCCUCAAUAGCUUCAAGUCGGGCGAUCCUUCGUUCAAGGCGUUGAACAACACAUGCUUUGUUGGGAAUGGGCGGUACAUUGUUAAGAAUGGACAGAUUGGGGUUGAGGCUCGUCUGGCACGGGUCGUGCCUUCGAAACAUGAUGUUUAGGCAGAUGGCUUCCGACACUUUACGCCGCUUAUUGGGCUCGUAUUUUUCGUGCAAGGCUGAACUCUCCUGACAAGGCUGCGAUAUGUAAGGGUGGAGCAAGACCGUGG